AAGGUCAUGCCUCAAGUUAAUCUACACAUUUCCGAUGAAGGAAAUGAUCUUCAAUGUAUGAUUAACAAGGCUUCCUCCUGGUCACAUCUCUUGCGGACAAUAAGCUACUGCUUUCGUUUUGUACACCGUCUUCGCUGCAAGGAACGCCUGUCAUCGUUUUUAUCAUCAUGGGAGCUUCAAUAUGCACGCUCUAGGAUAAUCAAACACGUUCAGAUGGAGUUCUUCCAAGUGGAGUACAAGCAGCUAAGCACUGGACGACCACUUUCUCAAAAAUCCAAACUGAUUCGCUACACUCCAUUUAUUGACGACCAAGGAACAAUGCGCGUAGGAGGACGCAUUGACAAUUCAAUGGCAACUUACGAGGCAAAACAUCCCAUACUUCUACCAAAGGAAUCACCAGUCGCUGUUUUAUUAGCUAGACACCAGCACGUCACAUCGCUACACGCUGGAGUUGAAUUUAUGUUCCACACUUUGAGACAGAAGUAUUGGAUUCUCGGUGCCCGCAACAUAGUCCGGAAAAUCGUAUUCAACUGCAAGAUUUGUUUCCUCCAGCGUAAAGGUACGAGCACACAACUCAUGGCUGAUCUUCCCGCUUUUCGGGUUCAGCCCACCCGCUGUUUUCUGCAUUCUGGAUUGGAUUACGCUGGACCAGUUAUUAUCAAGACAUCGCUUUCAAACGAUUCUGGUCUCGACGUGGCCCUAUAUCCGACUUAUACUCAGACAAUGGCACAACAUUCCACGGAGCCAGACGGGAAUUAACGGAAAUGCAACGGAUGGCUGUAUCUCAAAGUCAAGAUGAGGACAUUGCAAGUUUUCUGACGAGUCAGGAAAUCAACUGGCACUUCAUUCCGCAGUCUGCCCCGCAUUUUGGAGGUAUUUGGGAGACUGGCGUACGAUCAAUUAAACUUCACCUUCGCCGAGUAAUUGGGAGCAGUGCAUUAACUUUCGAAGAAUAUUCCACCGUUUUAACCCAGAUUGAGGGUCUACUAAACUCUCGCCCACUGUGCGCUCCCAGCGAUCACAGCCUGGAUCCCCUUACCCCCGCUCAUUUUCUUACAGGUCAACCUCAUAUGUCGGUGCCAGAGCCAUCGUUCUUGGACGUGAACAUUAACAGACUGCAGCGUUGGAGACAGCUGCAAGCCAAGGUUCAAGGGUUCUGGAAACGUUGGAAUCUUGAAUACCUUUCUUCCUUGCAGUCGCGCACCAAAUGGCAGCAGGAGACCAACAACAUAACAGUGGAUACGCUUGUGGUACUGAAGGAGCCGAAUCAACCUCCUAGCAAGUGGCUGCUUGGCCGCAUCACCGAAGUUCAUCCUGGUCAAGACGAGAGAGUUCGAGUGGUCACCGUAAAAACUGCCCGAGGAGUGUACAAGAGACCUAUCACCAAAAUUGCUGUGCUUCCCUUUAACUGAACAUUCGUUCAGGGGGGCCGGUAUGUUGAGGAAUUAAUCGCUUAGUUUUAAGUCAAUAUUCAUUCAUAUAAGAGUUGCCCUAAUCAUAUGCUCGCGAU